GUUAAUGGUUUGGUGACUUUGGUCAAGUUCUGCUUCUUUAUAUAAUUAGUACCCCAAAAAUCAAAAACAGGCAUUCUGAAUUUAAAAUCCACUUUGAGGCAAGAACAAGGAAGAAGCCAUGACUAGGUGGUGGUUCUAUAGGUGGCAGAUGGUGUUGGUUGCCUUUAUGUUCAUGGUCUUCCUCACAACUCCGGCGACAUCACAACCACAAACAAACAUACUUAUCACAGCUUGCAGCCAAGUCAACGCAACCAAUCUCCCAAAUUUCUACGCCAAUCUUAACUCUACUUUCCAAGAUGUCCGAAGACAAUUAUCGAACAAUAACACCUACUUUGCAACCGCAGAGCAGACAAGGAAUUCAGAGUCAGUUUACGUAAUGGGUCAGUGCAGGAACUACAUGUCAACGAGAGACUGCGUGGCUUGUUUUGAUUUUGCCGAUAGGUCAAUACGUUUCUGCGCUGGUGCCAACGGUGGCCGAGCUGUACUUGACGGCUGCUUUCUCAGGUACGAGAGUAAUUCUUUCUAUGAUCAAACAACAUUGCCUGGAAAUGUUGGCUUAUGUGGUAAUCGUACUUCAUCAACACAAAGCGUUUUUGAAACCGCUGUGGAUGGAUUAAUGUCCAAUCUUUCUAUCGCCACACCUAAAAUACCUGGUUUCUUUGCUGCGGCCACAGCAGCUGUUAAUGGCACCAAUACAAGUACUGCUUAUGCUAUCGCUCAGUGUGCCCCUACUGUAACAUCCGAUGGUUGUGGUGCUUGCUUACAGGUUGCAUACGCUAAUAUAAAAAGUUGUGCAACUGAUGUUACUGAUGGGAGAGGUGUUGAUUCUGGGUGUUUUAUGAGGUACUCAGCCUCUCCGUUUUUCGCCAACAAUACAAUUAUUGAUAUCACGCCAUUUUUACGAGAUGGAGGUUCAAGCAACAAGGGAGCCAUUAUCGGAGGUGUGGUUGGAGGUGUAGGUGGUUUGAUCAUCUUGCUAAUACUUAUACUUUUGUGGUAUCGUCGAUCCAGGAAAAGAACAUCACCAGGAAGUAACUUACAUGGGGCAACAGAAUUGCAAGGCCCAAUGGCGUAUAGCUACAAUGAUCUCAAAAGAGCUACAAAGGAUUUUAGGGAGGAUAAUAAACUCGGAGAAGGAGGCUUUGGAGAUGUGUAUAGGGGAAUCGUGAAGGGUGGAAACAUUGUUGCAGUGAAGAAACUAGCCAUAGGUUCCAAUAAUGCAAAAGACAAUUUUGAGAGUGAAGUACGGGUUAUUAGUAAUGUCCAUCACCGAAAUCUUAUCCGUCUUCUUGGAUGUUGUAGCAAAGGACCAGAAUUACUACUAGUUCUUGAGUACAUGGCAAAUGGAAGUCUAGAAAAAUACCUAUAUGGUGACAAAAAAGGGAACCUUAGCUGGAAACAACGUUAUGAUAUUAUUUUUGGCACAGCUAGGGGUCUAGCAUAUCUGCACGAACAAUACCAUGUAACCAUCAUUCAUAGAGACAUAAAACCUAGCAACAUUUUACUCGACAACGAUUUUCAGCCCAAAAUUGCAGAUUUUGGAUUGGCAAGGCUUCUACCUGAGGACCAGACACAUAUAAGCACAAGAUUUGCUGGAACUUUGGGCUAUACAGCACCAGAGUAUGCAAUUCACGGACAGUUGUCAGAGAAGGUUGACACCUACAGCUUUGGUAUAGUGGUUCUUGAGAUUAUUAGCGGAAAAAGAUGCACAGACGUCCCAAAUGAAUCAGCUGGAGAACAGUACCUUCUAGAACACGCUUGGAAUCUGUAUGAGAGUCGCAUGCACCUGAAGUUGGUUGAUGAGACAUUAGACCCAAGUGAGUAUAGAGAAGAAGAAAUAAAGAAAGUCAUAGAAAUAGCACUAAUGUGCACUCAGUCACCGGUUUCUGUCAGGCCAACCAUGUCUGAAGUGGUGAUGCUUCUAAGUGAUCGAUCACGGGUGCAAAACCCACCAAGUAGACAAAAUGUCAAUUUUACCGAGAUAAGGAUACAAGUUGAGAACUCCACAUCCACUACUUUGUCUAUGAGCAAUGCUGAUGCUACAAUUACCGAAUUAACAGGACGUUAAUUUUAUUACAAUAUGGAUCCAGAAGUGGUAUGAAGUUUACCUUGAGAUUUAAUUAUAUGCAUUCAUGGAUAGUACUCUACUUUUCAUACAUGAUUGGGAAACGAAAAUGUGUACAAUCUGCG